UCUACAUAUUAUAAUUGGAAGCUAUGCCACCAUUUUGCGACUCAUUUAUCAACGACAAAAUAAAGUGGGGAAAAUUCAUAUUCACAUAACAUUAGUCGCAAAAUGGCGGCGUAGCAUACCUAGUUAGUACUUAGUUGGUGGUUACUCCGCGUCCUUUUAUUGUUUACUCUUUAGCCGGAUUGGCGGGCUACGUACGUACGCGUUCGGCCACAAUAGUCAAUAACUAACCAUAAACUAACCAUUGACCCCAUCGCCCAUUGUACAAUCCGAUUUUAUUUUGUACGCUGUAGCUGUUGAAUACCGGACGUCUGUUUUCCAGUUGCCGCUGCCUGUUAUACCUUUUAUCGAGUCCUGUACUAUAAUACAACUCUUAUAUGUGUAUUAUUCAACCGAUCGUGUUUGAGUGAUUCACGCCGGUAGAAAUUGGCUGCGAAACUCGAAAAGAUUACAUUUGUACCUGCGUAAAAAUAAAAUUUGUGAUAAAAUAUAAUAUUAUAAGGUAAUAUUUAUUACUAGAAGUAAAUUAUAGUACUUGUGACUCAUUGCAAUAUUAACGAGAUGGCUUCCGAAUUGAUGAAGAAUGGUGACGGUGAGAUGUCAAAAGACGAACGAAAGGUUUAUGACCGACAAAUUCGGUUGUGGGGUUUUGAUGGACAGAAUAAGCUAAGAGCAACAAAAGUUCUUUUAAUCGGAAUGCAAGGCUUAGGCGCAGAGAUCGCUAAGAAUUUGAUAUUGUCCGGUGUUAAUUCCAUUACCCUGAAGGAUCACACAGAAGUUUCCAUAUUAGACCGUUGUUCCCAGUUCCUUAUCCCGCGCGAUAGCGAAGAACGUAAUCGUGCUAAAGCGAGUUUGAGUUCAGCACAAAAGCUGAACCCAAAUGUCAAGGUUAUAGUUGAUACAACCCCAAUCGAAGAAAAUGUGGAUAGUUUUGUGACUUCAUUCGAUUUGGUCAUAGCCACUGAAUGUUCUCCAAGUACUUAUAAAAGACUGAGUGAAAAUUGUAGAAAAUCUAAUGUAAAAAUAUUCAUAGCUGAUGUUUAUGGGUUAUUUGGAUAUUUUUACCAAGACGUGAAUUCCGCCUAUUCUUUAUAUGGUGAAAUAUUUCCAAACAAUGCUGAAAUCGAUACUCUUACUAGUACAAAAAAACUACCACAGCUGUAUUAUUUAACCUCAGCUUUAUUAAAAUUUCAAUCCGAUUCUAAUCGUAAGCCAAAUCCUGAUACAUCUGAAGAAGAUAUAGAAGAAUUGAAGUCCAUAAUUCAUCUUCAAAUCAAUUAUUCCUCUUCAGAUCAAGAAAAUAAAGAUGAUGUAUUUGAAGAAUACUAUGGUGAAUUGUUUUGCGAGCUGAGUCCAACAACCUCCAUAAUAGGCGCAAUGGUAUCCCAGACUGCAUUGAACACUGUAAUGAAUAAGCCAGUAGAUAAAUAUAAUGUAUUUUUUUAUGAUCACAUUGAACACGAAGGGAAAUUUCAUUUAUUAUAAAAGACUAUUUUAUAUGUCUACAUAAAAGUAAAAUGACUGUCUUAUAAUUUAAA